AGUCAUUAGUAUAAUGUGACUUUUCCGUUGACAGCUGAUGAUUUUGGUUCUCAAACUGUGUAUACUAGUAUAUUAUACAGUGUGGAUUUCCAUAAACUGUGUAUACUAGUAUAUCAUACAGUGUGGAUUUCCAUAAACUGUGUAUACUAGUAUAUUAUACAGUGUGGAUUUCCAUUAAUCUGGUUGUCAAUGUAGACGAUUCAAGUGCGACUUCCAUUGGAAAGGAGAUGUAUUGUCGUCUUUUGGUUUUGUUUUUGAUCACAUGGAGGGUGGGAGCCCAGACCUGUCAGUCACCCUCAGACUGUCUGUAUACAGCCAAGUGUUGUAGGAACAGCCGCGGGGACACACUCCCUCCACAAGAGGGGCUCUUUCCAUCGUUUGAGACCACAGGAGAAUGUUCCUCGCAGCUAGCCUAUGAAAAUGAAGAGUGUGAUCCAAAUUUCUGCAAGUGUGCCCCAGGGCUGGAGUGCUACAGGCGAGUCUCAGGUGCCUGUUGUCCCAUAUACCGAUGCUAUAACGCCAUCUGGGUGAAGCAACAGUGGGAAUUCUGGAGGAACUGUUUCAAAGAUCCUAACUGUCAUCUUCCGCCGUAAAUCAGUUAUUUGUGUUUAAUUAAAAAACCAAAAACAAAAUAAGUUAAUAUUAGGUGCUAAAUGAUUGGCAAUCUUUAAUUUUAUCUUAAAUAUGAGGAAGAAAGACAGCGACCUUAAGGUCAGACGACAAGUUCCUCGAGCAUCUUUGUAUCUCCUCGUAAUAAAGAGUUCCAAUAACAAUUAUUUUUAUAAUGAUUUUUAAAAUGAUAAAAAUGUACUUGUAUAUGGAUAAAUCAUUACCAAAUUCCAGCAAAAUGUUAUAUAAAAUUGAGGAACGUGUCGUCUGACCUUUCCUUCCUAGAAAAUUUAAUUUCCAGUAAUCAUGACUUAGUUGUAUGUUAUGUUGUACUUAUCUGUGUGCAUACAAAAUAUUGCAUAGAUUUGGUGAAUUCUUUUAAUAAAACAGAUAUAAAAACACUUUUUUCUAGAUGUCC